UCCCAUGAACACCACGUACCCGGAAGCAAACAUGACGUCAACACGUCAACCAGCGUGAGGAGAACUCACAUGGUGUGCUAACUGGAAGAAGAGCAGACGCCUACAUUUACAAAGUUUACUCACUUACAAUCAUACUGGGGAAUCUAGAGAAAAUGUCUGCAGCUAAAGUGAAGAUGAGGGGGAAGAAGAUGAGGAACCAGCCCGCCAGUGUUCAGUAUCCAUCAUCUUCUCCUCUUAAUGCGGGGGGCAGCAGACAGAACGGAGGAGACUCUCCGGUCACCGGUGCAGGUGUUGAUAAAGGUCCAUCUGACGGCCAUCCAAGCACAGGAAGGCCAAAGAACCCUCAGCAACGGGGGGGAUGGGUCCGAGGACACCAGAGAGAUGGUGGAGGCUACGCCAAGGAGAUGCCCAAGUACAUCACUGGUGGAGCUUUUGCCAGGGCCAGGGCAGCAGAGGUGAGCACCAUGCAGAAGGCUGUCGCCAAGAUAACGGGCAGCUGCCAUGUGUUUGGAGCCCUGCCUAAACACAUGAGGAGACGGGCCAUGGGCCACAACACCAAGCGGCUCCCUCUCAGACUGAGAGAUGCGGCCAACAGAAUGCGGGAUAAGAGCCUCCAGGCCGGCUCCAAGAAGAAGAAAGAACAACCAAAGUGCAAGAGCCGCAAGGCCCGGCGCCGGCACGGAAAUCUGCUGCUGGAGUUCAACCGCCGCCAGAGGAAGAAUGUGUGGCUGGAAACGCACAUUUGGCACGCCAAGCGCUUCCACAUGGUUAAAAAGUGGGGCUACUGCCUCGGGGUCAGAGCCACAUACAAAUGCUACCGGUCUAGCUACAGGGCAAUGAGCAACCACUGCCUGCUACAGGACCUUUCUUACUAUUGCUGCAUAGAGCUACAAGGAGAGGAAGACAAGCUACUAGCUUCUCUGUCACAGCUGACCAGCAAGGAGGCCGGUCCUACAUUUGCUGCAGCACUGAGUCUAUCAGGGCAAAGACAGGGCAGUGUGGUGGUGUACAGAGCAGGACAGUACCCCUCGCAGCCCGUGGGCCCUGUUACCUUCCUCUGGAGACCCCGUACACAUGGCUCAACACACAGGCAGCUGUGGAUUUGGGCUCAUCCCACUAUUAAGCAGGAACUUCUUCCUGAGUUACAGACUGUGUGUCAGUGUUGUGAGGCUGUAGUGCCUCCAGUUGUUCCAGCGGUGACACCUGCUGAGGUUGUUCCCACUCCUGAACCAGAGCCAACGCCUGAAAAGACCCCCGAGUCCAAGCAGAUCACUGGAACCAAGAGAAAGCGACCAUUUAAGGAUGCCAGUGAACCUCCUGCCAAGAAGAUCCUGGGAGAUGGAACCAGAUCUCCCACCACCCCAGUUACCUGGAGGUCCAGCUCAAAUGGAAUAGUUAUAAAUGAUCUCACAAUGGAGAUAGUACGCUAUCGCCUGAUUGGACCACACUCCCAUUCUGUCCUGGCAGAAACUAUGGAAGCAGCUACAGACUGUGACGAAAUGAAUAAAUCGCAGCCCUCCUCCCUCUGGUGGCCCGAGCACUGCAAAAAUGAGAGAAAGAUGAAUCUGCAUCAACAACAAACAGACGUCUUUCACAUACUGAAAGGCAUCUAUUCAACUGGAGAACUCCCCUCAGGCACAGUGCUGGGUCUGACUGUAGAUGACCCCAGGCUGACUUUACCAACAAAGAAGGUUAAAGCUUUGCCCUGUGUAAAGCAGGCACAAGAGGUGGACGAGGAGAAGAGGAGGGAGCUGAUGUUGCGAGGAGUACCAGAACCCUGCUGUCAGAGUUACCUGUGGGAACAGUCUGUCCGGGACAACGUCACCGAUAACAAGAUAUCCGAGCAGGAGUUGAACCGUAUGAAGAGAGAGGUGCUGGUGCCGGGCUCCAGGCUGAGCCCCACUCCCCCACAGGGCCGAGUCCCCAUCCUGCUGGUUCACCAGCCUGGCAAGCAGGUGGGACGUGAGAUGAGCUCCUGGGGUGCUGGAUGGGACCUGCUGCUCCCUAAAGGAUGGGGCAUGGCCUUCUGGGUCCCACUGGUGUACAGAGGAGUUCGCAUUGGAGGGCUGAACAUGAGUCUGAAACAUUCUCAGAAUAAAGGAGCCCCCCACUUCCCCCACGAUUACCCAGACUGCCCUGCGGGCGUCCGUUUCCAGGAGGAGCAGGAGGCGCAGCUCCUGGACAAGUUCAAAAGGCGUCCGCCCGCCAAAAGGACCAAUUACAUCAAACAUGGCUGUCUGGCUCCGUUCUGUUGCCCGUGGCAACAGCUGGCAGAGGAGUGGGAGCUUAUCUUGAGGGAAGGAGGAGAGGAGAGGAAAGGAGAGUGCCAGACCCAAACCACGACAGAAGCUGACACAGUGAUGGAGGAGGAGAUGACAUCACACGGAGAUGUCACCGUAACAAAGCCUCCGAGCCGAGUCAUCGUACUGAGGAACAGAAAGUCCCUGAGGCUGCUCUCUGGUUGGUGCAGACCUACUACAUCUAAAGGUCAAAGGCCGCACCGUGUUGGUGAGGUGCCUCCUCUGGACCGCUCAGCCAUGACGUCGUUCCUGGCAGCACACGAGAUGAGUCUGGUGUGGGUGCGUCUGUCGCUGCUGUCCAAGGGAAAACCAGAGCUCCACGCCAUGGUGUGUGUGCCAACCGCAGAGGACCUGAAGCUGCUGAAGAAAGCGCCUGUCAACAGCGGCCCCCAGGAGCCCCCGCACAGAGAACACUUUAAAAGUAGAAAUAAACGCAAAAAGAAGGGCCCCAAGAAAGCUGCUGCAUCAUCUUCUGAUAAGACUGAAAGCAAAGAGUCAGACCUUCCCUCUGCCCCCGAACCAACCCCCACUACAUCUGAAGUCCCCAAACCAUCCCCCCAGUCCUCCUUGGACGGCGUCUUUGGGGUGUGGCCGGACCCUCUGCCGAGCGUCACCUCUCACUGCUCCCGGGUGACUCUCGGCUGGGUCACUCAGGGCGACUUCUCCCUGUCUGCGGGCUGUGGGGAGGCUCUGGGGUUCGUCAGCGUCGCCGGCCUCCUCAACACCCUCUUCAACCAGCCGAUGGAGCACAGGGGAACGUUGCUGCUGCGCAACCCCACGUCCCUGACCUACCGCUUUGCUAAAAUCAACAUAGAGGUCUGAAGGAAACAUCUGAGCCCUUCUACUCAACUUCUAAAAGCUCUGAAUUCUUGGGUAAGAAAGAUCAACACGACUUCUGUCCUGCAAAGGCCCUGAAACGAUAUGUAAUUAAGUUGCAUGAUGCUUCAUUCACUCAGUGAUCCCUGUGCCUUGAUAGUCCACGAUGGCUGAAGACUUAACGGGAUAGUUCGGGUGUUUUGAAGUGGGGUUGUAUGAGGUACUCAUCCAUAGACAGUGUAUUACCUACAGUUGAUGACGGUCGGCACGCACCCAGUUUGGAAAAACAGACCAACACAGGAGCAAAGCGAUGUACGAAUGUGGACGGGGGCAGCAGCAUAUUUUGGCCACCUUAUUAAAGUGUAGACUAUAUUUAGAAUAUUUUCACCGCUACGCUGACAAUGGAUAAGUACCUCAUACAACCCCACAUCACAACACCCAAACUAUCCCUUUAAUGGCAUGCAUGGGGCAUGACUACAAGCUACCUGGUUGUUGCAAAGAUCAUUUUUAGUUGUGUAUAUUUUACUCUGGGAAGAGGCAUCCUUAUUGUUUCAGUUCAGAAAGGUUGGUUGCCUUUGUCAGAGGGAUGCUCCACAAAGGGAUCAGUUUUCUUUUAUCAACUGGGUUUCCAAAGUUAAUUCAUUUUACGGCUAAUUUUACAUCCUUCUCUAUAUCUCUGCUAAUGACACUGCAAGCAUUCUAUUAUUUUUAAAAAGUCAAAUUAAUCAGUUUGAAUUUGAGAAAGUGUCAGUUUCUGUUUAAAAAAUGGCUCUGCAUUGGAAAGGUUUUGUUUGAACAUAAGCUAAUAAAAUCUUCAUACUGCACUUGA